AUGCAGGAUAAGAUGCCAAUUAAAAUGAAAUACAAAAAACAGGAACACGUAUCAAUGGAGAAACUGUCGGCUUUCAUUGCUGCGUGCAGGCUGAGAAAGAGCGCAGCCGCCUUGGCUGAUAUAUCAAAUGCCAAGUCCAUACACAGCAUACUUGUGGUAAUAUCAGACACAGAGAAGAAAGAAAAAGAAAAAACACUGGACUACGGAAAUGGAAAAUUCAGUGCUCCGCUCAGAGAAUGUCCUCUGUCAGAGGAUAUCCCUAUUUAUAUCCAUGCAACAAGGAGAAAAACAGUGAAAAAGAACAACAACAACCAAGGCAGCACUGCACUGACAGAAGAGAACAUUCAGAAGUAUCUUAUGGAAGAGAUAGACUCGCUAUACACCGAAGGAGUGGAUCACAGACUGUACACUAUUCCCAUCUCCGAAAAGAAAAUCUUUUACAAGGAGUACAGUUCGCUAGAACUACUAAACGAAGUGUCUCAACAGAAACCACUUGUGGUAAAGAAAAUAGAAAAAGAACCAGCAAAUGAGACAGAUAGCAUAGAAGAGAAUAGUCACUACUACGAUGUGGUAUUGGUUAAUAAGAGAGAAAUGGUGACUUACUACAAAAACACAUCCUAUAGCAUUCUUGCGAUAGACUGCGAGAUGGUGCUAACAGAUCUGGGCACUGAGCUAGCCAGGAUAAGCAUAGUAGAUGGCAGCAAAGCAGUAGUUUAUGAUCAAAUAGUAGAGCCAUCUGGCAGGAUAGUGGACUACAUCUCUCAGAUCACAGGAAUAACAGAGAGCAGCUAUAAGACAAAAUGCAUGUGCAGAAUUUGCAAGCCAUUCAGAGAUAAUGCAGAGAUAGAUAUAAGUACAAGCGACAGCAGAAUAAGCCACACGGGAAGCAUCCCAUACGAGGCCCUUCUGUAUGACCUUUCUUCCAUCGUAGGUGCGAACACUGUGCUAGUAGGACACUCAAUAUCGCACGAUCUGAUGGCCAUGAAUCUUUUCCAUAGAAAAAUAGUAGACACUUCACUGGUAUACAACAGCAGAACACACCACAGGUACAAACUGCAGGCACUCGCCAGCACAUAUCUCAAAAGAGAGAUACAGCAGGAAGAGCACUCUUCAGUGGUAGAUGCACAGACAUGCAUCGAUCUAUUGGUUUAUUUAGAAGACUCACUGAAUAAUUGCAAAGCAUCUCCUUUGGAGUAUGCACGAAUGAAAAACAUAUCCAUCACCACUCAAUAUGCAGAAAAUCAGCCAGUAAAGAAAAAUAAAACAGUUGCUCCUAUAGCAUACGUGUUUGCAUCAGAUCUGCCACAGAAGGUAUCGAGUAACACAGUAAUCGUACAGCUUGUCAGAGAAAACAAUCUGUGGACUUUGAACAUAACUAACACAUAA